AUGCCUCAGUAUUUUGUAAUAAUUGGAAGCAAGGACAAUCCCGUUUAUGAGGCGGAAUUUACAACACAACAAGGUCAGAUACAGCAAGGCUUCCCUCAGAAUCUGAAAGAACUCAAUCCAUUCAUUCUACAUGCAUCAUUGGAUAUCAUAGAAGACCUACAAUGGAAGUCCAAUCCCAAUAGCCAGUCCGGUAAUCUGGGGGGAUCAGGUGGAUUUCUGAGGUCAAGAAACGUUGUUAACACAGACAAUUGUUACCUUGGCAAGGUGGAUCACUUCUACGGACUUGUAAUUACUGCAUAUUUGACAUACAGCGGGAUGAAACUAGUCAUGGUACAUGGAAACCUCACUGGAGAUGUACAAAUUGAUGAUAAUGCUGUCAAGGCGUUUUAUCAGGAAGUACAUGAACUGUAUAUCAAGACUUUGAUGAACCCGUUCUAUCAGAUAAACGACCGUAUCACGAGCCCGGCGUUUGAUUCGAGGGUACGGGCGUUGGCCAGGAAAUAUUUGAAUAAAUGA